AUGUCUCCGGAAGUAUCACUUCACGGCAUUCAGGAGCCGCCGACGGAUAUUUGGGCAUUAGGCUGCACCGUUGUGCAGAUGUUGACUGAGGUGGAGUUUUGGGAUGUGACUGAGUUAGGAGAUGGCUCUGGGGUUUCAAUUGAGAUUCCAGUCAUCCCUGAAACACUAAGCAAUGAGGCUAAAGAUUUCUUGGGGAAGGGCUUCAUCCUGGAUCCUUUGGAGAGAAGCAAUGCUGGCGGAGUAUCGGAGCUGCUUGGAAUCAGCGACAGGUUCGGGUGGGACAACGACGACAAAGUUGGAUGGAGCAAAGUGAACUUCGAGCUUCUGGGGACUUCGAAAGGUGGAAGGAUUCCGAGGAGGAAGAGCGAGAGUGAAGCUGGUGUGGAGGAGAGGGAGAAGAAGAAGAAAGGUGCUGAGGGUUUAGGGGAGAAGAGGAGGAUGAGGAUGCAGAGAGAUGAAGGUAGGGUUGGGAAGGAGGAGAAGAAAGGUCUUGGAGAUAGAGUUGGAUUGUUAGGGAGGAGUAACAAGGAGAAUGGUGAAAAUGAGAAGUUCCCUGGACGUGAGUCUCUGUUGAGGAAAGCCUACAUCAGAAGGUUUUUGUAA